UCGCGGGCCUUAGAGAUGGGUACCGGCGGGCGGAGCGGACUUCGGGCCGGGAAGGGUAGCGCGGAGGGAGAAGCAACGAACAAUGCCCACUCGGCCUCAUGCCUCUACCGGUGCAUCGAAUGUAACCAGGAGGCAACAGAACUGUACAGGGACUACAACCACGGGGUGCUGAAAAUAACCAUCUGCAAGUCUUGCCAGAAGCCUGUGGACAAGUACAUCGAGUAUGAUCCUGUUAUCAUCCUGAUCAAUGCCAUUUUAUGUAAAGCACAGGCCUAUAGGCAUAUUCUUUUCAAUACUAAGAUAAAUAUCCAUGGGAAGCUCUGCAUAUUUUGUUUGCUUUGUGAAGCAUAUCUGAGGUGGUUGCAUCUGCAAGAUUCAAGCCAGCACACUGACCCUGAUGACAUAAUAAGAUAUGCCAAAGAAUGGGAUUUCUAUAGAAUGUUUACAAUAGCUUCUUUAGAACAAAUGGCUUUCUUUAUUGGAAUUUUUACUGGCUUGUGGCUGAUCCAGCCUGCAACACUGAGAAGAAAGUCCAAUUUCAUUUUGCUUCUGAAAGCACUACUUUUGUCCAGCUAUGGGAAACUCCUACUGAUUCCGGCCGUCAUUUGGGAACACGACUACACUCCUCUCUGCCUCAAACUCAUAAAAGUAUUUGUCCUCACAUCAAAUUCUCAAGCAAUCAGAGUGACCCUGAACAUCGAUCGAAAACAUUCAUUGUUGGCCAUCCUGAGUGGAUUAGUAUUAGAAAGCAGUGCGGUCUGCUCUUUCCAGAAGAUGGGAUGGGAUGUAGAAAGUGAUUGUUCCUUCUAUAAAACUUAAGAUUUAUCUUGAAGAUAACAAAAGCCCCUCUGAUGCUAACUUUUAGGAAACUGCCUUAGAUGUGGACAUGAAUUCUUUUUUUAUGAAAAAUUGACCAGAUAAAGGAACAUUACUUGCAAAGUAAUUGGAGAGACAGUGCCACUUUUCCUGGAACACUGGUUGUAUUUUGAUAUUUAAUUAAAUGGUUGUUUCUUUGUGCCUAA